CAGAAAUCGAGUUUGACAGGUUUUCAGUGAAGUUUACUUUAAUGUCACUCAGCGUCGACUAAUAUUUAAAAAGUGACUCGAGUCGAGGAAUAUCGUGACACGAGGACAUCGUGAAAAUGAGACAGCUAGAACGAGGACAAGCUCGAUAAUGAGCGCUUUUUAUUGACCAACUUCAGUAGCUGUUAGCAAUGCUAAACAACAGCAGCGUAACAUAGUGAUUACCAGCGGCAACAUAUUCUCGCUCCAGCUGGUUAGACAGACAGGUUGUUGCCUUGGUUGUUACCUGAGCUGUCAUGGAGAAAUAUGCUCCUGGAAGAGUGAAUGCAGCCCGACACCUGAGAAACCUUGGGCUCGAUCCCGCGGCUGUGGCUUACUCCAUGACCACUCUGGGAGCGAGCAUGAUAAACAACAUAUUCAGCUUCUACUAUGUCAAACUCUUCCUCAAUAAGUACAAAAUAUCAGAGGGGGCUUUCCACCAAUCACAAGUGGUGUACAUGGUGUGGAAUGCAGUCAAUGACCCUCUCUUUGGCUACCUGCAAGAUAACUCCAAGGUACCCUGCUGCUCUCAGCGACGUCUCUCCAUCCUGUACGGCGCUCCCCUCUACUCACUGGCUUUUCUUCUAGCCUGGUUCCCAUGGCAGACCUACGCCCCCGGUGAUUGGCUGAGCGGCUUACACUUGAUGGUGACGCUAUGUGCUUUUGACGGCAUGCUGACGUUUGUCCUGCUGGCGCAAUGUGCAUUGUUUGCGGAAAUUUCCAGCCACCACCAGAGCCGAAUAAGACUUGUAAAGUAUAGCCAGGUGGCCUCUCUCAUUGGCUCUUCCAGUGUCCUCUUCUGUGGUGUGCUGUCCAGAAACAUGGAGGACUUUGCAUCUUUCCAAGCCUUUAUGGUGCUGAUUGCUAUCCUGAGCUGCAGCUGCAUGCUCUACACGGGCCUCCACAGUGAGAGCCGCUUUGAUAGCAAGGCAUCUGAAUCAGAUGAAACAGAGUUUGCUGACCAGACUUCCCAGUCAGCGAUGUCCUUCUCCAUAUUAAAAACGUUGAUUUGCCAAAUUCUGAGCAACAGGGACUUCCAGCUUUUUGUGCUCAUGAACUUCUUCCAGGUUUUUGUGAUAGCUUUCUUUAAUAAUUUUACUUUGAUAUUUGCUGAGCACUUGAUUCCUCCAGAUGUGCUUCCGUCACUUGCCAAGAGCAUUAUGUAUGGAGCGGGAUUCAUCUGUCCACAGCUGUUAGUGUUGAGCUCUCAGAGGCUGCUCCACGAUCUUGGCUACUACAAAAUCAUACUGUACGCUUUCUACGUGGAGGCUGGAAUGGCAGCGGUUAUGCUCACACUCGGUCCUCAGCACUACUUUAUCCUGGCAUUUUUCCUCACCGCCAACAUGGUCUUAAUUCAGGCAGCCUUCAGUCUUUUUUCCUUGCCUUUGGCUGACAUCAUUGACACAGACAUGCAGCAGUACAAGCGCAGUUCCCCUCUCUCCUCCAUGGUGUUUGGAACAAAUGCUCUGUUCACUAAGCCGGCUCAGUCUCUGGCCCCUAUGAUAGUGAUCAGUGUCCUCAACCAGUUUGGAUAUGAACAACUGAAGGAUGCUGGAAAGUAUACAAAUCCAAGUGCUGCGGAGAGCCUCCACACUGUCAUGUUCUACUUGGUGUGUCUGGUGCCCAUGUGUGUCGCUGGUCUGCAAGCUCUUGCUUGGAGGCCGUUCUCCAUACGCAACAGUCACACAGUUGACACGAAGUACGUUGACAGCUAACUUCAAUAUUUUCAGCAUUCAAGGGAAGCUGGUGGGAUUUGGUGAAAAGUGUAUUGCUAAGUACGAGAUUAUAUUAAAAGUAAUGUAAAUAUUUCUGUAUAUUUAAGGGAAAUCUGUUUAAAGAGGGAACAAUCUAUUCUUGCAAACCCUUCCUGGAUAACUGGACCAAACAUAACAGGGAUCAUGUGUCUUUAUAUUCCUUACAAUUCUCUUCCUCGACAAAAUCACAUUCUCAGACGUGUUAAAUGUCAGACAAUUUGCCUAGUAACUGACCUCAGCAGCUAAUUAGUAGGAACAUCCUGUAUGAUGGCUGCACUCUUUAAAAAAAGACCAUUUCCUCAGAGGGUGUGUGAAAAAUAUUGUUUUGUUUUUAAUAGGGGAACUGUACUUGUUUCUAACAUCCAAGCUGAAUGUAAAUUAGAAAGCUGCUACAGAAAUUGUCCUGCAGCUGCAACCUGAAACAGUCAACCGAAACAGAAGUGAUACAUACUGGCAGUGCGAAUUAAGAGUGGCUGUCUUUUAUAAACUAUAACAUUAACAUCCAAUUUAAAAAAAAUAGCUGCAGCAGCUAAAGGUCAUGGCUCCUGAACCAGGACCGAGUCUGAAUAUUUAAUGACUGUAGACUGACUUCUUACGACCUCCUCUGUAGAACCACAUUUUGCCACAUCAUAUGUUAUCAGGAAGUUAUAGGUACAAAAAUGUAAAAUAUAAACUUGGAUUUUUUCAUCAAGGAUUUUCACAUCCCGGGGUUGAUUUUGGUUGUAUGCUUAAGGGCAUCGUAUCUGAGUACACAACAAAAAAAAGACACCACACCUCUGUUAUAUGCAUCCUCAACAGCACUCCAUUAAACUUGGUUACAGCCUUUACAUUGCAGCACAAAUUGCAGCUGUAACUAAAGCCAUACCCCAGAGUGCAAUAAUUCACAUUUUGUAUGGCCUUAUAUUUGUGUUUUAUUGUAAAUUUAAACUUGUACUUGAGUAACAUUGAAGGUUAAAGGCCCUGUUUAAAUUAUCUAUAGCAUUUGGUGCAUGACACAAGUGCAUUUACGGUGUGUCCAACUCCACUUUUGUGGUUGUAUUUAGUCAUUUAAUCCAUCAUAGGUGUGUUUCAGGUGCAAUAUGAAUUUAUAUUGUCAUCUCCCAUUCCCUUUAAAUGCCAGUAACCUAGAUUCGGUAAACUGGAGAAGCAAGCAGUUUUCUGCUCAAAGUAAUGCAAUAAGACUAGUAAUGUAUUGGACAUUUAAGGAGCAAAACUAAAAACUGAAGUAAUAAACUUGACAGAGGAAACAGAACAAAACUUUAAGUUCUGAAAUAUCCAAUGAAGUUUACGCUGGCCCUUGUGCAUGAAUGUGCACCGCUUCUCUAUUAAAGGGGAGGCAGACAGUUGCUCUGCUCUGCUCUGCUCUCUGCUGUGUUCACAUUUUGAAGGAUGUAAUUAUUUUCCUCAUUAAUGAAAUCUUAUUUUACCCACCCGCAACCCAUCAGUGCAUCCCUGUGUGUGUAACAAGCAAACUAUACGCAUGUUGUGACCCCGCCUAUGUGGCCACAUAUUACUAUUUGAAUAACGUGCCCUGUAAAUAGCAGGACUAUACUGCGCUAUAGACAUUAGACCAGGUUUUUCUUAGUCAGUGGUGCAGUUGUGUUUUGUUGCCAAAAAAUAGCAGUACACCAACACUGCACCUGACCACACCUCAUUUUAAGACUCACACACCCAUGGGUGCACAGAUGUGUGCAAGACAAUUUGCUAUUUACACAACAUCAGGGGUGGCUGUGAAAAUGAUAAGUGCAUUAGUCUAAAAUUAGCAAUGACAGUUAGGCUAUGCUUAUGCAGCACCUUGAGACAAGUGUAAAAUAGGUCCCUAAACAUUUUGAGCCAAGCUUACAAGCUUUAAGUGAUAUUUCAGAUUUUUGGAAGUGGGGUUGUAUGAGGUACAGUAGAUAUCAGGCGGCAUGCCAACAGUUUUGAGAAGCAGGCUGGAGUCCGACACAGAAACUAAGCAAUGUACUGCUGGAUCAGAUCAGAUCAGAUUGGAUGGAUCAGCAAUAAAACCUAUUUUAGCCACCUUAAAAAAAAAAUCAGUAUCUGUUUAAGUGUUUGCUAUAUUUAGGAUAUUUCACUGCUUUGCCUUGUUGUCAGACAGUGAUUUCCAAUAGGAAAAUAAAGCAGUUACAUUGCUUUCUGCAAAACCAGACAGAGAAAAACAGUGAUUUAACAUUGCUGAACAUAGGAGAUCCUGGUCUACUGCUUCAUCCAUUAGUUUGUGUUAUUUUGUGACUUGGGUGUUUAAAAGGGCUAGUUUGGAUUUACUUAAGUCACACAAUAACACAAACUAACUGAUCGUGGUCAUGGUAGACCAGACGCUCCCGUGUUCAGUGUGCUUUUUCUCAGUGGAGUGUGGUGGUUCUGCAUGGAGUAUAGAUAGGAAACUGAAGCUGGCCUUCCUGAAAUAAAUAAAAUACGUGUUGUUGCUGACCACAAUCCACAGCUGUAAAUUGCUUAGCUUCCUGCUUCCCCGAACUGGGGGCAGGUUGUCUUACAUCUACUAUAUGUAACACAAAAACUAUGAAAAAGUACCUCAUACAACCCUAUUUUAAAAAAAACUGAACUAUCCCUUUAAAGUUACAGAAAGGAGUAAUGAUUACCUUUAUUACCAGAAAAGUAAUAAUUCACACAGACUCAGACUGAACUAAGGAUGGUCAAGCAAAUGGUACUGUAUAAACCCAGAGGUUCAUAUAACAGCUUUUAAUGUGUAAAAAUGCACAGUCAAUGCAAACACCUACUUUGACUUCAUAGGCAAUGUAUAAGUACAUUCUAAUGUUGUGGUGGUAUUCUUUCUGAGGGUAUUUACACUGUACAAACAUAUAAGGAAGUCAAUGUACAGAACAUGACACAACAAGAUGUCUCAAACAUUUUAGGCUUGUAAUUAUUGCCUAACUGUGAGUUUUAUUGUAAGCUGAAAAAUGAUUAGAUCUUUCCUUUCUUGACGUGACAAUAUCUACAAUAUUCUGUAUGAUUUAUUACUUAUUUUUAAUGUGCCUCUUUUGGCAUUACUUUUUAUAAGGAUAAACUUAAAAUCAAAUGACGUGAAUGUGAAAUUCUGUUUCAGUACUAUAUGUUUUUGAUUAAAUAUUCUACAUAACUGUUUUCAGAAUGUUGAUACAAGUUUGUAAUUUCCUUAUUUUUUUGGAAAAGCGUUGGUUUACAAUUAGGUAAUCUUGAUAUCUUAUAAUCAAAAUAGUACCUUGAAACCUCUAAAGAGAAGUGAGACUGUUGUCUAAGAAGC